GUUCUUUCCCCAAGUGGAAAUUGAAUUGAUAGCUAGGGCUAGGGAAGAGUGAACUUUAAAAGUUGUGCUAAAAUUCAGAAUUAUAAUGCUAUAGUUUUUCAGUUUUAUAUAUUUGUAACCCCGUAGUUCGUAGUUAGUGUUAUCGUAUUAAGUUUAUCGCGUUAUAAUUGCGUUCCGCGUGCAUUUAUUAUUCGUAUUUGUGAAAACUUAGGAGCAAAGUUCGAACAACUUCGCAGCUUAUAACAAUGGAUGUUUAAGAAAAUUUGAAAUGGAUUUGGAUAUCAACGUACCAACAGUCAUCCUCUUCCAAAUACCUUCUCAAUCAUUUUAUUGAUCACUUUUUCGUACAGAAAUGGCUUCAAUAAUUAAAAACCAGAUUUUAAAAUACCUAUCCAGGUAUUUUAAAAAUUUAUCAAAUGAUAAAAUCAACUUUAGCACAAUCAAAGGCGAAGGAGAACUAGCUUCUUUAGAAUUAGAUGAAAAUGCUUUAACCGAUCUUUUGGAGUUACCGGCAUGGAUGAAAAUAAAAAGCGCUAAGUGCAACAAAGUGACGUUCCAUAUACCUUGGACAAGAUUAAAAAGUGAACCUAUGGUCUGGAAUUUGGACGAAGUUUUGGUAGAAAUUGAAACAUGCGAAGAGCUACGAAUGCCUCAAGAAGUAUCGCCUAAUAUUUUGCAGCAACAAGGAAAAUAUAACACUAUCAACAGAGUAGUGGAUGGAAUGACAAUAAAUGUGAACUCCGCUUCUAUAAAAUUCACCAGCGUUACUUUCACGGCCUCUUUACAAAUUAUCAGAAUCAAAGUCGAGUCAAAAUCUUCAGCUUGGGAGAAAUGUGAUCUACGUCACACGCGAAUUAAAGAUACUAAACGUGGUCAAAUACUGCUGUUUAAAGAAUUACGAUGGCAAACGUUGAGAAUUGAAGCACAAUCCAUCAUCGAGCAAGAUUUGCCACCUAUACGAUUGCUAACUCUUGAAGCAGUUUGUCGUUUAAUCAUAAAGAAACGUCUUUCUGACUGCUUCAUCAUGGGUAGUAAAUUAGUAUUGAUAUUGGACGAACUGCUGUGGGUUUUAACCGAUUCGCAGCUGAAAGCAGCUCUUCAUUUUCUCGACUCAUUGUCCGGACUUAUAAAAAAAGCCGACGAAGUUGUACGUAAAAAGAAAGCCGCGCGAAAAUUGGAGGUACUGCCUGAAUACCAAGCUCAAGUAUUGCAGCAGGAAAUGGUGCAAAAUAAAUCCGCUGUUUCGCACAUUUUCGCGUGUCACGAUGUCAUCGAAACAUCAUACCAUUUCCUCGCUCAGAAAAUAGAUUUGCAUUUAAGUGACGAUCCUGGCCCUGGUAGAUCCAAUCACCCAAAUCUUCAAGAUGGAGCAGCUAUUCAUAUAAAGCUAUCCUGUUUUCAAGUCGACUAUUACCCUUAUCACUUGGCUGUGAAAGAUCGAACUCAUUGGGGACUCUACCGAUCUUCACGUUAUCCACAUCCUAAAUGGCUGGCCGAAUCGCAAGAAGAGUUUCGUAAUUUAUUGCUCAGCUUGGUACAAGAUGACAUUUCUACCAGUCAAUGCUCUUCGCCUAUUUCUAAAACUAGCGUUUCUCAGAAUGGAGUUUCCUAUCAGUCACGUUCAACUAGCAAUAGUACUUUGAGGAAAUACAUGAUGGCGCAAUUCAACAAAAUUAUGACCAGUUGUACGGUAAUUCGGAUUGGAAAUCUUGUAAUCGAUCGAGUUACUACCUUGAAAAAAUCUGUUCCUAAGGAAUUCAUCAAAGCGGAUAAAGAGCGAUAUUCGUUACCAGAAAGUGAAAUUUUACACGCAGAGUUCACCUAUUACUAUUACCCGGGAGAUAUACAAUUUCCUCUCCCCCAACCGAAAUUUUACGUGCAAAUUUAUCCUGUUCAAAUCCAGUUCGACGUGAUUACCAUUUUAUGGUUGAACACGUUUUUUUUAAACCUUCACAAAUCACUGUUAACCACAUCGACCGUCCAAGAUCGUGAAAGCGUUGCUCAGUUAUUAUAUUUCGACGUAAAAGUGGAAAUAAUAAUGCCACACAUCGUCUUCGAAAUUAAUCAAGAAAAAGGUGUUCCUAAAGAUAGACCACGUUCUUUACAUUUUCAAGUUAGCAGAAUUGUUGUGACGAAUUCGCGCUCGACGCAUGCUCAAGCAUCAAGAUCAAGUUUAGCCAAAGUAGUAGGCGCUUGCCAAAUGAGGAGUUUAUAUUUGAGUGACGAUUUCCCUUCCAAGUGUUCUGACUAUCAUGUAGUUACCGACAAAUUCAUCAAUCACGCACAAGGUAAAGAUAAUAUUAGAAAUUUUCCGGAUAAAUUGCUCAGCGUUGGUGAUAAUGAAGAAGACAUAGCCAAAGCGUUGUUCCAAGAAUUACUAUGGAUCGAGGCUAAGGACGUUUGGUGUAUCCAUUUGGAAUCAGUUUGGGGUGACUUUUAUGGCGUUAGAGCCACCGGUAAUCGUCCUGUUCCAUUCUUGGAUGCAUUCCCAUUGACAAUCUGGCUCUACGCAGAUCCUACGUUGAGUGAUAAAAGUGAAGAGAAAAUAGCCAACGUACAAGUACUCGCUUCCGUCACAAAUCUAAUCAGCGUACAAAUCAAUCAAUACCAAGCAAAUUUUCUAUCUAAAAUUUCCAAAAGCAUUUCUGAACUCACCACUUUUCUAACUAUUGACACCGAUAAAGUUAUGGGAGAUGAGAAAACCGCAACUAUUGUGGUAGCGUCGAUUAUUCCUCAAAUAGAAAUUACUUUGGUGACUGCUUCUCAAGGUGUGGGCAAAGAGUCAUCGGGUGGAGAUAUAGAAUCAUCUUCGGUAGUUCCUGAUUCGUCUAGUCUGGACACGCAUAGUGUUUAUUGGGCCAAUACGGUGCAAAAUAGCGUGGAUAAUGCUACGGUUGAAGAAUUGCGUAAAAGCAAUAAUCCUAGGUUGUAUCGUGAAGCCAGUUUAACUUACGGUACCGAUAACGUGGUUCAUUUUCAAGCUAGUGAAAUGAUAGAAGUAGUGAAACCAUCGCAGUCUAAUACAUUCACGCAAUUCAAGAAAGGAUUUUCUAAUUUCAUGUCGAUGGAUUUCAUGUCGAAAUCUGUAGAUGAUACGGAUACCAUGUCUAUACGAUCAGAUGAUAGUUCUGAUACUGAAAAUUAUCUACUACGAAAUGGUAGCGAUCAGCUGUAUUUGGACGAUGCUGAUGCUAUGUUUCGUAUAAAUUAUAAGAAAAAAGUACGCACUGCCACGAUGGAAGUUACCUCGAAUAUAGAAAUAGCUGAUGAAGCUCUAUGUGAAUAUGGUAGUACUCUCAAUACUCCAACCACUACGCCAAGUGAAAAAGAUUCUUUUGGAAGUACUUAUAAAAGGAAGGAUUGUGUGGCAGCUAUCACAUUGAAAUUGAACCGUUUAGAAUUCAUGAUGCAAUCCAGUGGAUUGAACAGUUUGAUUAAAAUGCAAAUUGGAAGCGCCGGCGUAGAGGAAUGCUUCUCUAUACCUUGGGACGAACUGCAGACACGUCGAAAGAAUAAAUUCAACACCAGGACACGUGACUGGUUCGAGAUUGAUGAUGUAAAAUCGUACAUGGUUGCCGAUGCUCGUAUCAAGUUACGAUUCGAAAACGCAGUGCAUCCUCCGCAGCUCAUAUCAGCCAGCAAUUUCAACGUGAAUUUAUGGAGAGAUUCCGAGUUGAACGUUACCAUUAAUGAUUUAUUGCUAGAAGUGCAAUCGCAAACUAUCAAAUGUUUAACCGAAUUCUUGGAAGAUCAAAAAGCGUGUAAUAGCGGAGAAAAAGAUAAAGCUGUUUUAUUCGAGAUUCUCGUCGACAACGUCCAAUUGCUCUUCAAAGAAGAUUAUGAUUUAAGCGGUGAUUCAUCUCCGAUUGUGUUCAGAAAGCUAAGAGUGUUCAGAGAUGAUAGCGGAACAAUUAAAAUACAACCAGUGGAUAUAGAAAUCAAAGAUUCUUCCGAAGAAAUUCCCAGCGCUGCUGUGCAAUCGAUGAAAAACGAAAUCGAGCUGUUACGUAAGCGACUAGCAGCUAUGGAAUAUUUAAACGAAGAAAAUCAAACGCUGAGACAAUGCCGCGAAGAAACAAAAGUAUUGAGAUCUUGUUUGGCUGCUGUCCAAGAUGAAGUGGCGGCUUUGUUGGAAGAAAAACGGAAUUUAUUGGAGUACAUUCAUAAACUGCGUUCGUCACAUGUCUCCGAAAACAUCACGUGUAAAAGGUAGCAUAUGUGUUGGUGCUUUGUGUGUAAUUGCGUGAACAAACGAUCUCCGCUGUAGGUUUACGUAAUUAUAGAAGCACUCCUUACUUUCAGUAAUAUUAACAAGUUUCAUAAAAAAAAUGUUGUGAUUGCGAGUGAUAUUUAAAUUGUGAUUAAACCUUUAUUUUUUUUUUAAACUAUCGUUUAAUGUUUAAAAAAGCGAAACAAGACUCAUAAUUAACUUGAUUAAACGAUAAUAAUCGUUCUUCGUAACGGUUUACGUUUAAUGAAAUUCACAACGAGGUCGAGUCGGAAAAAAUAAAUUAUUAUAAAAUACUAUACGAUACCAAAAAGUGAUACGAGUAUAAUUUUUUGGAUAAUGAAAUCAUAAAAGAAAAAAUUCAGUAAGUAGUGCAGGGUGGAUAAUGAAAAUGGGUUCGUGUCGAAUUGAUUUGGAAUUAUGGAGUAAAAUUUCGCGAAUUUUAAUAACCCCAUGAGUUACCACUUAGUUGUUUUCAUUAUUUUGAUAAACAAAUUUCGUGAAAAAUACGAAGACAAAAUGAAUAAUGAACAAUCACAUUAUUACUUUCGUCGAAGUUACCGAAACGUACAAAAAUACUAAAAAAUAUUGACUGUAUAAUGGAUGAAAGUUCGGGUCUUUGAAAAUUACUAUUUUAUUCUUUUUCCCUCUUUUUUUUUUUUUUUGCUUCGCCAAUAUAAAUUUUAAUUUUUCCUAUGUAUUUUAUCUAUUUACACAAACUCUCAUCUUUUUACUCUGCACUUUGCAUAAAGUACUUUGAUUCUAUAUUAUGAAUUAUUUUACUUUUAUCGUAAAUUAAAUUCUUUAUAUCUUUUAUCCUAAAUGUUUCGUUUCUUUAAUUUUUUCCUUUUUCGACAUUUUUUUCUUUCCAAAGUUAUCGUUUAUUUACCAUUUAUGAUUAAGGGGAGUAUACUACUACUUGAUUUUAUUUUUACCAUUUUAUUGUUAUUUUAGAAAACUAGUUCUAUAAAUUUAACUUAAUCGGAUAUUUUUAAGGGAGCAAUCCAUUAUACAGGCGGGGUUCUUACCUUAUUAAUCUUUCCACAAUUUUUUCUUCUCUUCUCUCUCGUUAUAAGUUUUUUCUUCUUCUUGUUUCUUGAUAAUUUACUUCAUUUUUAUAUUCAUGUUUGCAGAUUAAUAAAAUUUUCUCGGUUA